AGCUAUGAUUUGAGUAAAUUUGCCGAAUAAUGGCUCUCGAGAUAAAUUUGUCACGUUUGAAAUAUUAAUUACUUAGCAGUGACAAAAGUGGGCUAAGUGGAGAUUCUAAUCACACUGCGUGGGUAUAUACUUCCACAGCUCACAGUCUUCAAAAAUGAUGAAAUCAGCAUAUCUUCUCACUUUUAUGUCGCUCUUUCUAUUUGGACACGGGUUGGAGGAUGCAAACUCCAGCUUGGAUAAGAAGCUAUGUGAAUGCAAAAUAGAAUGUCCGUUACAAAAAUGCCUGGAUGGAGCUGUUGAAUACAAGGAGCCCGCCCCACCCUGUUCGUGUUCUCUGGAUAACUGCCCGUUCUGCGCUUUCAUGAUAAAAACAUAUGGUUGUUGCAACUAUAUCCCAGGAUCGCAUGUCAAAACAAACGGAAUCAGACGCAUAUGUGAGUCGAAGAACGACGUCUGUUGGGAAGGUAGAUGCAUGCCCAAAUAUAUGGUACCGUGUCCAGCAUAAUAAUUCUCAAGUGAUCGAGAAGGAGAUCUCAACUCUUGUUUUAUAGAUUUUUUGUUGCUUGGUUACACUAUUUAUUAUGGUUGUCAAUAAAAGAAGUUUCCUUUUGAA